CCCCUCCCAGCCAAUGUCACCUCCUGGUGCCCAGUGGAGUCCCCCACCUUGGCCGGGAUUACCCUCCGAGAUCCAGGCCAUGACAAAUGACAUCACUCCCAGCCCGGGCUUAAAAUCUCCCCAUGUGAGGGGACGUGUUUCCUCCAGCCUCUGCAGUCGGCCCGCUCUGUCUACGUCCUGGGCCACCAGGAGAGCCCCAUCCCUGCUUUCUGAAGGCCCCUGACUUGGGCCUCAGUGUCCCCGAAGAUCAUGAUGGCGUAUAUGAACCCGGGGCCCCACUAUUCCGUCAACACCUUGGCCCUCAGUGGCCCCAGUGUGGAUCUGAUGCACCAGGCCGUGCCCUACCCGAGCGCCCCCAGGAAGCAGCGGCGGGAGCGGACCACCUUCACCCGGAGCCAACUGGAGGAGCUGGAGGCACUGUUUGCCAAGACCCAGUACCCAGACGUCUAUGCCCGCGAGGAGGUGGCUCUGAAGAUCAAUCUGCCCGAGUCCAGGGUUCAGGUGUGGUUCAAGAACCGCAGGGCUAAAUGCAGACAGCAGCGACAGCAGCAGAAACAGCAGCAGCAGCCCCCAGGGAGUCAGGCCAAGGCCCGGCCUGCCAAGAGGAAGGCGGGCACGUCCCCAAGACCCUCCACGGAUGUGUGUCCAGACCCCCUGGGCAUCUCAGAUUCUUACAGCCCCCCUCUGCCCGGCCCCUCAGGCUCCCCCAGCACGGCCGUGGCCACUGUGUCCAUCUGGAGCCCGGCCUCAGAGUCCCCUUUGCCUGAGGCGCAGCGGGCUGGGCUGGUGGCCUCCGCACCAUCUCUGACCUCGGCCCCCUAUGCCAUGACCUACGCCCCGGCCUCCGCUUUCUGCUCUUCCCCCUCCGCCUAUGGGUCUCCAAGCUCCUAUUUCAGCGGCCUAGACCCCUACCUUUCUCCCAUGGUGCCCCAGCUAGGGGGCCCGGCUCUUAGCCCCCUCUCUGGCCCCUCCGUGGGGCCCUCCCUGGCCCAGUCCCCCACGUCCCUAUCAGGCCAGAGCUAUGGCGCCUACAGCCCUGUGGAUAGCUUGGAAUUCAAGGACCCCACGGGUACCUGGAAAUUCACCUACAAUCCCAUGGACCCUCUGGACUACAAGGAUCAGAGUGCCUGGAAGUUUCAGAUCUUGUAGAGGACACAGUCUCCAUCUCUCUCUGUCGGGCCUCGGGACCCUCCCUCGUCUGAAUCUGCUUCCCUGCAGCUUAGAUCCUGGACGGCAUCCCUGAGAAAGCAGCCGGAGCCAGCGGUCCUUCCCAAGAUCGUGGCCUCUGCAGCUCUGGGUCCAGCUUAGCUCCAGAGAGCCCACCCAUUUCCUCCACGGGGAGAGGCUCCUCCCUCUCCUGGGACAGCUCACAGGUCCUAGUGAUUCUUUCGACCCCAACACCAUCUGGCACGAUUGUGACCCCUGAAGUACGUCACGUCACGAGCUCCAGGCUUCAGAAACUGUUGCUGAGAACUUGCUCCAAGAAGAAAUCAAACCAAAAGUCGAUUUGGGGUCAUAUGUAGGUCAGAAUCACCGUGCCCUUGAACAAGCAGGUAGGGGGGCUCGACUCGUUAGCUUUCCACAUGCACAUUUUUUUUUUUUUUUUUGAGAUGGAGUCUCACUGUCACCCA